AAGGUACAACCAUUUUUUAUUUUGAAAAGACUCUUUUAUCAUUCAUAAGAAUAAGAACAAGGAGGAGAAGAAAAAGAAGCAGGGAAAAAUAUUUGACUUUGAUGAUGGCAGCUCGCAGUCUUUGCAGGCUACUCUCUCGCUCUCUCUCUUCUUCCAAUUCUUCUGGAGCUGCUUCUCUGCUUCACUCACUAGGAAGAAACCCUGGAGGGUGGAGAAACAUUAACAGAUUUAGCACGGCUGCAGCAGUUGAGGAACUAAUCACUCCACAAGUUUCAAUACGUUACACACAGAACCUGAUAAAUGGGCAAUUUGUGGAUGCUGCAUCAGGGAAAACAUUUCCAACAUAUGAUCCGCGCUCAGGAGAAGUGAUUGCUAAAGUUGCUGAAGGGGAUGUUGAAGAUAUCAACCGUGCAGUAUCAGCAGCUCGCAAGGCCUUUGAUGAGGGACCUUGGCCUAAAAUGACUGCAUAUGAAAGAAGUCGUAUAUUGCUGCGCUUUGCUGAUUUGGUUGAGAAACACAGCGAUGAGCUUGCUGCUCUCGAGACAUGGAAUAACGGAAAGACUUAUGAACAGGCUGCCAAGACUGAAUUACCAAUGUUCGUGCGUUUAUUUCACUAUUAUGCUGGUUGGGCAGACAAAAUUCAUGGGUUGACAGUGCCAGCUGAUGGAGAUUAUCAUGUGCAGACAUUGCAUGAACCAAUUGGUGUAGCAGGACAAAUUAUACCUUGGAACUUUCCUCUAGUUAUGUUUGCUUGGAAAGUUGGACCAGCUCUAGCAUGUGGUAAUACCAUUGUUCUGAAGACUGCUGAGCAAACUCCACUGACAGCUCUCUUUGUAGCAAAACUAUUUCAUGAGGCUGGUCUUCCUGAUGGUGUUCUGAAUGUAGUUUCUGGGUACGGUCCAACUGCUGGCGCAGCUCUUGCAAGUCAUAUGGAUGUGGACAAGCUAGCAUUUACUGGCUCAACAGAUACCGGAAAAGUUGUACUCGAACUGGCUGCAAGAAGCAAUCUUAAGCCAGUGACAUUGGAGCUUGGAGGGAAAUCGCCUUUCAUAAUAUGUGAGGAUGCUGAUGUUGACAAGGCUGUUGAACUUGCACACUUUGCUCUGUUCUUUAAUCAGGGGCAAUGUUGCUGUGCCGGCUCACGUACCUUUGUACAUGAGCGUGUCUAUGAUGAGUUCUUGGAGAAAUCAAAGAAACGGGCUUUGAGACGUGUUGUUGGUGAUCCAUUCAAGAAAGGUGUUGAACAAGGUCCUCAGAUUGACGUGGAACAAUUUGAGAAAGUCCUUAGGUACAUAAGGUCUGGAAUUGAAAGCCAUGCCACCCUUGAAUGUGGGGGUGAUAGAUUGGGCUCAAAAGGCUUCUUUGUCCAGCCAACUGUCUUCUCAAAUGUUCAGGAUGACAUGUUGAUAGCACAAGACGAAAUCUUUGGCCCAGUUCAGUCCAUCUUGAAAUUCAAGGACAUUGAUGAAGUAAUACGACGGGCAAAUAAAACACGCUAUGGUCUAGCAGCAGGUGUGUUUACUAAGAACGUGAGCACAGCCAACACAUUGAUGCGGGCACUGAGAGCUGGAACUGUGUGGAUUAAUUGCUUUGAUGUUUUUGAUGCUGCAAUUCCUUUUGGUGGAUACAAGAUGAGUGGUAUUGGCAGGGAGAAAGGAAUCUACAGUCUUCACAACUACCUGCAGGUGAAAGCUGUUGUCUCACCAGUGAAGAAUCCUGCGUGGCUAUAAAAUGUCCACACUUGUGUCCCUUGUGUCUUCAACAAUAAAAAUCGAUUGCACACAAGAGCUGAAUUUUAAUCAUGAAUUAAUCACCUCGAAUUUGAUGUGAUCUUAGCUAACAAACGUGCUUCGUAUAUUUAUUUAUCCAAAAUAAAAAGUUCCAUGCAUCUACUACUAGUUUAC